CCCUUUUUAACUCAUUUUGAGGCACAUUCAACAAAACAAUAAGAAGGAGUCUUAAGUUUAUCUAAUGCCAUUUUUUACAGACGAUGUAUUCAAAGAUUUUGUCAAACAAUACAAGAAUGGCAAUACGCUUUUUGAUGGCUGGGAGUUUUACAUGAAAAAUGAAGAUUAUCAAGUGUAUCGUCGACCCGCUCAUGAUAGAAAUCCUAACUUAUAUGAAUACCGGGCUAUUGGCGGUUGGAAGGAUGUGAGAGCAGCCACAUUAGCCCAUGUCUACCUAGAUCUUGACUUUCGCGAGAAGUGGGAUAAAAACAUGAAAUCACAUCAGCGAUUUACAGUUGCAGAUUCGGCCAACGCGGAGGAUCAUUACGAUGGCCUUCAUUUUGAAAUCAAAUACCCUUGGCCUUUGGCGAACAGAGACUAUGUUUAUGCUAUGGAAAAGAGAGUUGUGAGGGAUGACGAGACAAGCAUAGAUUAUCAAGUCAUAUUGGGCGAGUCAUUGCUUGCCUCAUCUUUUCCUCAAACGAAAGGUGUCGUUCGAAUUGAUACUUAUAAGCAAAACAUAUGCUUGCACCCUACAGAAGAUGGUAACGGUUGCUAUGUAUUUAUGGACUAUUUUGAUGAUCCCAAGGGAAAUAUACCAAAAUCUGUUAUUAAUUGGGCUGCCAAGACAGCAGUUCCUAUGUUCAUCAACAGUUUGAAAGAUGCAUGCAAACUGUUUGAAGAAACAUAUCCCAACAAAGUACCUUCAUUAGAGCAUACAUGUUAGCAUUUAUGCUUUUUUCAGAUUUCCUUAUUAUGUUUAACGUUGUUUUUUGAAUGAAACGUCAACGAAAUGUCAACCAAUGGGAUUUCCCACGAAUCAAAAGUAGGAAAAGAAAAAGUCAAGCUUUUUCAUUGGGAAUAUGUUUGUUCUACCCCACCUUUUGACAGGGCACUUUCUUUAAAACUGA